AUGAUGGAUUCUGCUCCUAUAACAAUGGAUGAAGUGGUUGAUGGAGCUAAUGAACAAAAAACGGGAGAAACUGGAACUGAAACAGCAAUGGAUGUAGAUAUUCAGGAAACAACAGUACAACGUGAAAUCGAUGAUGAGAUCAAAAUAAUACCAAGCAAUGAAGAAACGUGGAUGAACCUUCGCUUUGACACAAAAGAUCAUGGAUUGCUGUGGUACAAAUGCUAUGCACAUGAUAAGGGAUUUUCUGUUAGAGAAACAGGAGGGGUUAAGAGAACAAACAAUAACAAACCGUGUGAAGUUGUAAGAUAUUUUGGGGGCAGAUGCAAUAAGGAAGGUUGGCAAAAAGGUAGUACAAAUAAUCCAGCAAAUGACAACCAUGUUGACCAACAACCUAGAAGCAGAAUCAGAAAAGAGGAUAGAUGGGAUUGCAAAGCAGUGAUACGCUUCCAGCUUGAAGAUAGUUCCCAAAAAUACUACAUUUCAAGCUGGUUAGAUGAGCAUAAUCACAAGAUGAUCCCACCAUCAUCAAGACAAUUCAUGAGAUCAAAUAGAACGAUGAAUGAAGUGCAAAAGUUCUUGAUUGACAUGUAUCACAAAGCUGGAAUAUCGAUACAAUCAUCAUUUCAAGCAUUAUGCUUGGCUGCCGGAGGAAGAGAAAAUGUUGGUUUCACACAAAUGGACCACAAGAAUUAUAUCCGUACUAAAAGGUGGGUUUUGCACAUUUUAUAA